AUGGAUGAACAUUCUUAUCCACGAAAAUCGCCCUAUAGACCGAUCCGUGCUGCCACUACAGCAGUGGACCGCGAAGUUGGUCGAGCAAAUCGACAAAGCGUUCCCACGCCAAGCAGGACAAAAAGGAUUGCAUGUGUGACAUGUAGGCAAGCAAAGCUCAAAUGCGAGGGACUAGAGCGAGGCCCGGCAUGCACACGUUGUAUCAGCAGAUCGUUAGAUUGCGAGGUAGACUCAGAAUAUAAACGAGUCAACAAGCGACUUAAAGUCGAGGAUUUAUCGGCGCAGGUGCGGCACCUUCAAUCUAUAGUUUCCAGGACGCAUCCAGUUGGUAGCGAUAACCUGCCUUCGACAGAGGUAUUUGCCUCAGAUCCAGAUACAACCGACUCUGCGCCUGAUGCUACCGGCGUCGACUUUGGGUCACAGACUGCAGAUAUCGUUGUAAACGCCAUUGACCUGACUAAUCAAGAACACCAACGGCUCUCAAGUCAGGGGUUAGAGGAAGGAUCGCCAGCAUAUUCGACUCGCCACAGUGUUGAAUUCUCUCAUCUUACGACUAUGUCAGGACGGCAAAUCGAUGGUGUUCACCUGGGUUCAGGACAAAUCAGCAACCUGUUCCGCCUGUUCUUUGAGUCUUUCCAUCCCCAUUUUCCAAUACUCAGCGAGACGCUCUCGAUUGAUGAAUAUUAUGAUCGGUCAUCCCUGCUAUUCUGGACAAUUCUUGCAAUAGCUGCAAGGGCUUCUCACGAAGAGUCGACCGUCUGUUCCAGUCUCGUCCCCGCACUGUUCAAGUUACUAUGGUCGAAGAUAUCGGUCAUGCCUCAUUCUCAUCUAACAACACAGUCGAUCGUUCUCCUCUGUAUCUGGCCAUUCUCGACACUGUCUAUGAUCACCGACCCGACACUCAUGCUUAUUUCCAUUGCUAAGACAGGAUGUAUGCAUCUGGGCUUACACAGGCCGGAGAUAAUGCAAUCUUUCAAUCGUGUCAGGUUCCAAGUGCAGUCCGAGCAACUGGAAGAGGCUGUCAAACUCUGGACCAGUUGCUUCAUUGCUGCAGAGACAAUAACAUCCAGCGACGGCCAGGAGCCAUUGUUUUCCUCGACUGACUGCACUCUACGACUCGCUUCAAACGAAGGAAACUACUACAACAUACCCCAGCGCCUUCUACACAUAUUGCGGAUUCAGUUGUAUCUCAACAAAGUCAAUGCUACUAUGAGUUCCAUUCUUAAUGUUCACGGACAUGGCCCCUCUGACGAAGCAGAGACAAUGCUAGCUUAUCUCGAAGAAGACUUUCACAUGCUUGAACAAACUAUGGAAAAGGGCUCCUCAGAGCUGCAUACUGAUUCAUCAAUCUCACGUGUUCCUGUCUACGAUGUAAACGUGGAACUGAUUUGGCUAUUCUCUGCGAAAAUGCAGCUCCAGACCUAUCACUUCCUUCAGCCCGUCAAAUCGGUCACGCGAAAACAGGGAUUGUUGCGGCUAUACCAUACUGCAAUGACGGUCAUUAGCCAAAUGAAGGCCGCGACUGCAAGUGUCGAUUUUCGCCGUUGUGCGCCACGAUAUUUCGGGCAGAUGCUGAAGCAUGCUGCUUUGGUUCUUAUGAAGAUACUCCACUCCAGCUAUGCUCGCAUGGUUGAUGUUGAUGCUGGAAAACAAGCUUUCAAUCUCGCGAUUGCAAUGCAUAGAGAUAUGACACUAGAGACCAAUGACUUCCACGACCGUGCAAGUACAAUUCUGGGACAUCUUUGGAGUUUGCAUCGAGAUUCUCAUUUCAACACUCGAGCAGAUCCAAUAUUGAAGCUCAACACUCGACUGAGUGGCAGUCUCCUACACGAAACAUUAUGGAUGUGGCGCGAUCGUUAUUCCGCAGAUGCAUUGGACACUCAACGUCUCGGACGACCACCUCGAGCACUUCCAUCGAUCGUGCAACAUUCCCCUUCAGUGGCAACAUCCUCCCCAGGAGACAGCAGAAAGGUUAUGCAACCGGAAUCUGACCUAGGGACUACGGGUGGCUCCGCAUCUCUUCAAGCAGAUCCAGGUGCUGCUACGAACCUUGACCAAAUGUCCAUUGAUAACGAACAGCUGGGCUUGCCAUUAUCACUGAACCCCUUCGACAUGAUGAACACGUAUCUAGCUCCAGACAUAGAAGCGAGUGGGCUUUUCUACCCUGAUUGGAUGUGGGAUGAAAACUUGACCGGAGCACCGUAA